CAGCAACGGCCAAAUUAACUAACUUAACGGCCACACUCCCCACUCCCUCUAUAUUAAUGGUCACCUGGUCAGUCUCAGUCUCGAGCCACGCUCUCCUCACUUCACCGAGGCAGCAAUGGAGCCAAAGCGCAGCAGCGGCGGCCUCCGCCUGGUUGUGCUCCACCUGCUGCUCUUCGCUCCGGGCUCGGCCACGGCGUUCAACUACGCCGACGCGCUCGCCAAGUCCAUCAUCUUCUUCGAGGGCCAGCGCUCCGGCAAGCUGCCGCCCGGCAACCGCAUGCCGUGGCGCGCCGACUCCGGCCUCAACGACGGCGCGCAGUACAAUGUGGAUUUGGUGGGUGGCUACUACGACGCCGGCGACAACGUCAAGUUCGGCUUGCCGAUGGCGUUCACGACGACGAUGCUGGCGUGGAGCGUGCUCGACUUCGGCAAGUUCAUGGGCGCCGAGCUGCCCAACGCCCGCGCCGCCGUGCGCUGGGGCGCCGACUACCUCCUCAAGGCCGCCACCGCCACGCCGGGCGCGCUCUACGUCCAGGUCGCCGACCCCAACCAGGACCACCGCUGCUGGGAGCGGCCGGAGGACAUGGACACCCCCCGCAGCGUGUACAGCGUCACCGCCGACAAGCCUGGCUCCGACGUCGCCGGCGAGACGGCCGCCGCGCUCGCCGCGUCGUCCAUGGUGUUCCGCCGCACCGACCCGGCCUACUCCUCCCGGCUGCUCCACGCCGCCAUGCAGGUGUUCGACUUCGCGGACCGCCACCGCGGGUCGUACAGCGACUCGCUGUCCUCCUUCGUGUGCCCCUUCUACUGCUCCUACUCCGGCUACCACGACGAGCUCCUGUGGGGCGCGUCGUGGCUGCACCGCGCGUCCAAGAACGUGUCGUUCAUGUCGUACGUGCAGGCCAACGGGAUGCAGUUCGGCGCCGGAGACGACGACUACUCCUUCAGCUGGGACGACAAGAGGGUGGGCACGAAGGUGCUCCUCUCCAAGGGCUUCCUCCGCAACCGCCUCCAGGGGCUCGAGCUCUACAAGGCGCACUCCGACAGCUACAUCUGCUCGCUGGUCCCCGGCACGGCGAGCUUCCAGUCGCAGUACACCCCCGGCGGCCUCCUGUACAAGGAAGGCGAGAGCAACAUGCAGUACGUGACGACGGCGACGUUCCUGAUGCUGGCCUACGCCAAGUACCUCCGGUCGAGCGGCGCCACCGUGUCGUGCGGCGGCGGCGGCGCCAGGGGGGAGGAGGUGUCGCCGGCCGACCUCGUCGCGCUGGCCAAGCGGCAGGUGGACUACAUCCUCGGCAAGAACCCGGCGGGGAUGUCCUACAUGGUGGGCUUCGGCUGCCGGUACCCGCAGCACGCCCACCACCGCGGCGCCUCCAUGCCGUCGGUGCGCGCCCACCCGGGCCGCAUCUCCUGCGACGCCGGCUUCGGCUACCUCCACUCCGGCGCCCCCAACCCCAACGUGCUCGUCGGCGCCGUGCUCGGCGGGCCCGACUCCCGCGACGCCUUCGCCGACGACCGCGGCAACUUCGCGCAGUCGGAGCCGGCCACCUACAUCAACGCGCCGCUCGUCGGAGCGCUCGCCUACUUCGCCGGAACAACCAAGUAGUAGUGCUGUAGGAGUGGUGAGCUGCUGACGUGGUAGCGCGGGAGCGCGAGCUGAGCUCCCCCGCCACGCUGUAUCGUUGACUU